ACAGCGGGUCGGCCUACUUGACGCGCAGACAAGCAACGUGCAUCCAACUCGCAACAAGCAAGCAAAAGCAAAACCAUCAACCAUCAUGAUUAGCAGCAAUCGCUCUUCAACCUUAACGCUAUUCGCCAUCUUCGCCUUCGGCUGCAGCCUGAGCCUGGCCAGCGCUCAAUACUUCUAUCCCGGGGCGGGACGUGCCCAGCGUUCGCUGUUCAGCUCGGGACCACCAAGUGGCUGGCACGGCGGCUGGAGCUCUCCGCCCAGCUUUGAGCUGCCACCGCGCUCCAAUCACAUCACCAAGGACGAAGUGUUGGCGCUGCUCGCCGCCUGGAAGGCAGCCGAAGCCAAACCGAAACCAACGCCAGCACCAGCUCCGGCACCCGCUCCCGAACCGGAGCCAGAGCCCGAGCCAGAGCCCGAGCCGGAGCCGGAACCAGAACCGGAGCCCGAACCAGCUCCAGCCCCGGCGCCAGCUCCCGCUCCAGCACCUGAAUCACCCGCUGGACCACCACCUGGUGUGCCGCUAACGGUAUCGCUGCCCGCCUUUGUGCCCAUCCAGCUGUCCGCGAUGUACACGGCACCGGUGCCCGUUGCUGGCGCUGGCCUGGGUAACUUUGGCUUUGGCUUUGCCGGCGCUGGAGCCAUUGGCGGUGGUGCUGGCGGUGGUGGUGCUGCUGCCGCUGGUGCUGCAGCUGCUGCUGGCGGUGGCGGUGCAGCCGGAGGAGGUGGUGGAGCUGCUGCUGGAGCUGCUGCCGGUGCAGCUGCAGGUGGCGAUAUUAGUCGCAUCUCGCGUCCAUUUGGUACACGCCGCAGCAAUGCUAACAUUCGUUUCCCCAUCGCCAAUCCAAGGAGCUACGCUUCGGCCAACUAUGUGGCACCUCGUCCACGUUACUAUCGCACCAUCCUCUCGGAGACCGCGCAGCCAAUGCGCUUGGAUGCCUUGCCGCCUGCUCCGUUCCUGGGAAAUCCAAUUCAGUUUGUGCCCAGCAAUUGGAAUUAAGCGCUCAGCGAUUGAGAACAGCUCCAAAAAGAGAGACAUCUAAAUAAUGACUUAUUAUAUAUACCAUAUAUACAAGUAUAUAUAAAUACUCUGACUGCAAUCUUACUCUAUAUACUUUAAACUAUAUGCUACUCAUUUAUAUAUACU